UUUACAGCUUAUGUUGUACAUGUCUCGGUGUUUACUGCAGUCUGUGACCCAGACUUGCACAAUACAAGGUCUUAAAUUAGAGCCAGUUUAGACAGCACGAACAGACAAGACAGCCUGGGAAGCCGAGACACUGUGAACAAUGCAGUGAAAGGCCGGUAUAAAAAAUGAUGUAACCCAAAACUCAUCACGAUUACAAUAGUCUCGAAAAGAGUAUCUAUAUACACAAGGGCUCGUCCGCUGAUAUACAAUAAUUAAAUAAGGUCAUUGUUAGUGUAACAUUUCAUCUCAAAGCUGCACUUCAGUCGUGGGAAAUGAAACAAUGACACAGCAGAAGUGAUGUGCAGGAUAAAAGGCAGAGAGGCAAAGCUUUGGCUCAACACAGCAGCUGAUCCUCAAACAGGCCACACAUCAUCAUCGUCAUCAUCACCAUGAAGUUGCUCAGUGUGUCUCUUGCACUCUGCUACCUCCUGACGCUGAGCCGAGCCGCUCCGUUCAACUCCUCUGUCUCCACAGAGAGGCACCUGGGCCUCUGUGAGUACACGAAGGACCACACCAGCAACCUGCCUGGGGCGUUCGUCCCGCAGUGCGACGCCAACGGGAAUUUCCUCCCGCAGCAGUGCUGGGCGUCCACCGGGUACUGCUGGUGCGUCGACGUCAUCACUGGAAAGGAGAUACCGCACACGAAGACACCACCGGGAACCGUGCCUGUUAACUGCAAGAAGGACUACUACUGCCCCUAUGGCUGGUCCCGUUUUGACAAACGAUGUUUCGUCUUCAUCGACAAACCGAAGACAUGGAUCGAAGCCGAGAUUUACUGUCUGUUUGAAGGUGCAAACCUGGCUUCAAUCCACAGUUAUGACGAGAAUCGCUUCGUCCAGGAUCUGACCAGAGGAGACACCCACGACUUCCCUGAAACCUGGAUCGGUGGCUUUGAUAUCAUAAUGCACUACUAUUGGUUGUGGAGUGAUGGCUCCAAGUUCAACUACAACAACAUCGGCAAAGAAGACGACGCAAUGGAGGAAAAUGAGCACUGUCUGAAGAUGAAUGAUGGAUAUGACUGGAAGUGGGACCCUGCCCGUUGCAAUGAGAGUCUCCCUUUUGUUUGUGCGAAGAGGAUGUGGGCCUGACAAGUUCCUGGCUACAGGAUGCAGAACAGUUAGAGUAACAUUUCCUCUUCAAAAUCAGUUCCCGCCACUCCUUGUCUUCCUUGUUUUUGUCAAACGUGAUCGAUAUAUAUGGGUAAAGUCUGGCUAUAAUCCACCAGCACCACCACCUUUCAGUCUAACUUCUGCCACGCAUAUCAUAUCUUCAGCAAGAUUUGUAAUUCCAAUGUCAAUAAAAAUAUCAUUGAAUGCAUUAGAAGCUUUAGAAAUGAUAUCAAUAAAAAAUUGCACAACAAA